AUCAGUGGGUCAGCCACGUUUCCAUUCCAGGAAAAUCUAUCCGACAUCCAUGCCUUGUUUCCAUUAUAGGCAUCUUUCAUGUCCUUCCAAUCCAUCUAACCCCUCGAGUUCUCCACCAACCUCUCAACCCUCGACUCUUGAUUUUAAGAGCAACUACCAGUCUCUCUCCUAUUCCUACCGUCCAUUCUUCUCCCCCACCCUUCUAUAUGAGCCUACUUAUGAGCCUACUCACCUCAUUAAUCUCCCACAGAAACCACCACAUCUCUUGGGAGGAGGCAAUAGAGAAAAGGGUGGGUGCUCAAUCUUGGAUUCUUCUGUAUUUAUUGCAGUAUGGCAGAUUUGGAUCGAUCAUCUGAGGAUGUUUCUAUGGAUUCUAAAGGGGUUGUUUCAGGAGGAAACAGCCAAAUUUCCAAGAUGGAUUUCUCAGAGGAUGAGGAGAAACUCAUUGCCAGGAUGUAUAAUUUGGUUGGACAGAGGUGGUCACUGAUUGCUGGAAGAAUCCCUGGAAGAACAGCUAAAGAGAUUGAGAAGUACUGGACCUCAAGAUACUCAACAACAAGUGAAUGAGUGAUGGGUAUUUAUUCUGCACUGUGUACAUGGCAAGCAAAAUUUUUGGUGAUGUUUAGUUUGGUUUGUCCUAUGGGGGGUAGUAUUUCCAUGAUGAAGGGGUGUGGCAACAGUUUCCCUGUUCUUAAAAGUGAUGUUUAUUUUGGGUGGGAAAUCCAAAUGUCCACAUAAGUUCUUGUCUACAACAAUUUUCAUGUUACUCUUGUCAUAAUAUAAAUCUUCAACCUCACUGUGCUGAGAAAAACUUGUGGGAUUUAUA